CGCCACAUCAAUCCAUUGAUCAGAUUGAUCGAUGGUCCACCACAUUUACGCCACAUUGGUCGACCAGAUAUAAGGCAAGCAGAAAGCAGUCGUCUUUCUUGUCCUCUUAGUUUUAUCCACCUCACCAGUUCUGCUCAACACUUAGUCACCGUAAUCAUUGAACGCCUAGCGUCAUGUCCCCUGCCGACGAGACUGGCACAUCGUCUACUCCGCCACGCGCCAAUGCACCAGCUCAUGGUGCUAGCACAAUAAAAUCCACCCCGAACAGCCGUGGGGCUUCCGUCGUCAGCGAGAACAUCGACUUGGUCGGUGUCCAUGUUAAGGAAGUUCGCCCAUGGAUUCAGCGGGACAUAGAGCAGGCUAAGCAAUGUAAGGCAGAUGCCAUGCUACAAGCCCUCUUGCAGCGCGCUUCUUGCGCUCCAGAGACUAAACAGCCCGAGCUCCUGCAAAAGUGCCUAAAAGCAGUUCUGCCGGUUUGCAAUGGACAAGUCUCUGCUGGAGGCAUAUACUCUUCGGGCGUUGAGACAGCAUUGAAAAAUUACGUACGUCCAGGAGUAGAAAACAAGUUCUACGGCCCUUUUAUAGAAGCCACCAACAUCGCGCUCGCUUGUCUUGAAGAGAUCAAGGUUGAUGGGAUGCGUGCUCCUGUCCCCUCCGUGGACAUGAUCUGUCAGCAGAACGAUAUGCCCAUGUACCAAACCCACCAGACGGUAACAUCAAUUCGGAAACCUGACGUCGUCAUUCUUCCUUUGAACGGCGCAUGCGCUCCAUUUGAAGAUGAGAAGAGUGACAAGAAAAGCAAACAGAAGGGCAAACAGAAAGACGAAGAGAAGCACGAAGAGAAGCACGACGAGAAGCACGACACAAAGCGCAAGGCUCACAUGGUCAAGAAUGCAAUGGCAAAGCCGCCAGCGCCACUCCCCUGGACAGAUGCUCUAGCUUGCAUCGAGUUCAAGAGAAAGACGUCAGGCAAGACAAAAGGAAUUAACCCACCGCCCCCUUUGUAUACAGUAACAGACUAUAUCCCUACCAAGCCAGAAUAUCUGCCGGUGGAUCAUCUUAAGGCUGAAGAGCCGGCCCCAGGCGCUUCGCAGGCCCCAACACAACCUGCGUCCGACACUGCACGUCCAUCUUCCGGCCUUACUACUGCACAGCCUUCCAAGGGCGGGUCUAGCUCCAAGCGCAAGGCCGCGGACACUUUGCAAUCCGCUGCGAAAAAAUCCAGGAUCGACCCUGACGAGCCAGAUGUGACCGUCCAGACGGGUCUGUACGCCGCCGAAAUGUUUGCGGCGAAUCUUGCUGUCAAUAAUCUGAUUAAUCUUAUCGUUGUCGACGAUGUAAUGUGGAUCUGGUAUUAUGAUCGGCAAGGGACCAUUCAAAGCUCGGGCGUAAACUUUAUUCAAGAUCUUCCGCGAUUCAUGGUACUGUUGUAUGCUCUACAACGAUUCAAACUUGAGGAUUGGGGCCGAAACAAAGACUUCCUCCCAGUUCAAGUUGAAGGGAAACAAUGUCACGAAUUCAAAAUCAAGGAUAAAGAACUUGGAGAGGUGGAUCUGUUGCUUCACACCAGCCACGACGAAAGAGUGACACACUACGGACUGCAAGGACGCGCUACCAAUGUGAUCCCUGCCACUAGCGAAGCGCUUGCCAAGAAAUACCCACACAUCCAGGAUGGGAUGGUGGCCAAGAUCUUUUGGGGAGAGGCGGGUCGCACUAGCGAGCCGAAAAUCUUGGACAAGGUUGAGGAGAUCGCUAGGGUGCACCCAACCGUCCAAGGGCAUAUUCCUGAGCUGCUCUGGCACCACACGUUCACGAAUCCCACGUCCGCCAUCCGAGAAGCGCUCGGGGUUCCGGAACCCACUACGGGCAGUCGCGUACUCUACAUUCUCGUAUUCCGAAAGCUCCACCCCAUCACGAAGCUUCACGGCAAAGAGCUUUUCGACGUCUGGUGUCAGUGUAUCUUAUGCCACCUUACUUUAUGGAAGGAAGGGGUCUAUCAUCGAGAUAUCAGCCCUGGAAACUUGAUGUGGUACAGGAAAAACGGCAAACUGAUCGGUGUCUUAAACGACUAUGAUCUAUCCUCGUUGGCGAAUGUAGUGGGUCCUCGGGGCAACGAGCGUACGGGCACGGUACCGUUCAUGGCGCUCGAUCUUCUCGCUGCAAAAGCUCAACGAGGAGAAGUUAAACACCUAUAUCGCCAUGAUCUGGAGUCGUUUAUGUGGGUUUUUGCCUGGGUUUUCCUGCGUUAUAGGCAGGGAGUCCUUCUACCACGCGGAUUGCGCCCCUUGGACGAAUGGGCAACUUUAGGCGCUGUGGCAUGUGGCAAAGAAAAGUUGUUCUUUCUGGAAAAUGCUGUCGAUUAUCAACCCACGGACCUCCAAACUUCUGAAUCGGAUAUAAAUUGGUCUUUAUGGAAACUCCUUUUGGAAUGUUUUGAGGCGCUCGAUACGGCCGCCUACAAUCGCCGGAGUCGCGUUCGCCGUAUUCGCCUUGUUCAACAGCAAUCGACGGAAGAAGCAGGCGAGCAGACAAACGAUGAGGAAUCAGUAUCAGAUAUGGAUGAUUCGCUAGGCAAAUUCACAGGUACCAUGGCCUGGAUUAAGCUCAGCAAUCCUUCACCUUCGCAGUGAUUUUCCUUAGUUGUUACAUUGUGUACUGUUUCGCUACCUGCGUCAGUUGUUCGUGGAAUAGACGGAUAGACGGAUGUUAUUUACUCAAUUGGCAUCCUUUGUCAUUUUUAGUUCCGUCGUCCGGGCCAAACGGUCAAAUAUAAUAUGUUUCAAACCUUCACCGGUGUCACCGGUCACCGGCUG